ACGCCGAAGAAGCGUCGAAAGUCGCGGACGGCCUUCACCAACCAUCAGAUCUACGAGCUGGAGAAGCGGUUCCUUUACCAAAAAUACCUGUCACCGGCGGACCGGGACCAGAUCGCCCAGCAGCUGGGGCUCACCAACGCCCAGGUCAUCACCUGGUUCCAGAACCGCCGCGCCAAGCUCAAACGAGACCUGGAGGAGAUGAAGGCCGAC